AGCAGUUAGUCUGUGGAAGUUAUUCGAACCGUUAAGUGCUAACCCGACAGAAGCCCGUAGCGAGCAGGCGAGGAAGGCAAAUUCAUGUGUGUGAAAAGUGCUGAGUAGUGUUGUGAAUGAGAUUUAUGAAUUUUUUAUUACGGUAAUUGACAGGCGCAAACGAAAAUCUUAUUAUUAACCUUACGAAAUAGUGGAACAAAACGGUUUAGCGGUUAAUGUAGUGUUGUGCUGUGUGUGCGAAUUGGGGAAUAAAAGCGAAAAUUCAAUGUGAAAAGGUACUAGAAGUGAAUUAAUAAGUGAAGCUGCGAGUAAUUUAAAACCUAAACAAAAAAAACAAAAAAAAAUAAUAAUAAUAAUAAAAAAUAAAACGAACAGAAAAAUUUAUGAAAGUCUGCAUUUUUCGGUUUGAAAAAACAUAAGAAAUUUUUAAGUUAAUUUCUGUACUGCAGUUCGGCUAUUGUGCAAAGACAAUAUAAAUUUUACAGCAAACCUAAAGGAAAAAGAUAUUUCCGCGAGUUGCCUUAUCAAAAUUCCUUUCAUCCAAACUAGCGAAAUAAUUACAAAAUUUUCAAAAUGUCUGCUGUGCGAAUGAAUGACACAAAUACAAUUGUCGAUCGUAUGGUGAACUUCCUGGUGGAACAUGAGGAUAUGCGCACAAAGAGUUGGUUCCUCUCAAAUGCACCUGGACCACUUUUCAUGAUAUUGGCUGGCUAUUUGUACUUCUGUUUGUAUGCGGGUCCACGAUACAUGCGCGACCGCAAGCCAUUUGAGCUGAAGAAUACGCUGCUGGUGUACAACGCAGUGCAAGUGCUUUUAAGUUGGGUGCUCUUCUAUGAGGGUUACAAGGGCGGCUGGGGUGGCCAUUACAAUUUCCGAUGCCAACCGGUGACCUACGCCACAGAUCCGAUAUCCAUGCGGAUGGCGCGUGCUGUUUGGUUGUACUACAUCGCCAAACUCACUGAACUACUGGAUACAGUAUUCUUUGUCCUGCGUAAAAAGCAACGACAGAUCUCCUUCCUGCAUUUGUACCAUCACACUUUGAUGCCCGUUUGCGCCUUCGUUGGAGUUAAAUAUUUCGCCGGUGGACACGGCACGCUACUCGGCUUUAUCAACUCCUUCAUUCACAUCAUCAUGUACGCCUAUUACCUGCUCUCUGCCAUGGGCCCCAAGGUGCAGAAGUAUCUGUGGUGGAAGAAGUACAUUACCAUUCUGCAAAUUAUUCAAUUCCUCAUCAUAUUCGUGCACACUCUCCAAAUUCAAUUCCAGCCAACUUGCGAUUUCCCGAAACCAAUCGCCGCUUUGCUAACCUUCAACGCCGGUCUUUUUACUUACAUGUUCAGCUCCUUCUACAUCAAGAACUACAAAAAGGAGGCUGCAGCCAAGGAGGCCAACGCUGCCAUUAAAAAGGAUUGAAAUAAACUUAUUUCAUCUACUUUUCAUCACAUUUCUUCACUGUUUGGCACGUUUCCGUGUGCUGAUUUUUCAUACCGAAUACUCAGUGCAAUCGAGCAGAGCCAUACGAAAGUGGAUCCUCAUGAUUAUGAUUUGAGUUUGAGUUCUUCAAUUGCGCUUAAAUUGUAUUGCUUGUCAAUUGGCAAAAGGCAAUUGGAGAAAGGAUCCUCCGUACAUGGUUUUGGUUAUGUAAUUCGUGUGGAAAUUAAUUUUAGUAAUUUUUUAAAAGGGUAGUUAGUGAACGUAAUAGCCGCCAAUAGGUUUGUAGAUAUUUGUACGCUUGUACAAUACAUAUUUAGUUAAGAAUUACUUAGAUUUAAUUAUAGCCAUAAGUAUGAAAUCCAAUUUCAAUUACUUCUUGUAAUUGCUUAGGUAAUUUGAAAAAGAAUUAUUGUAGGCAAGUACAAAAAUGUGUAAUUUAUGAAUCGAUCGUUGCGCUUUUUUGCCAAGAAGCCCAUUCAACUUAAUCCGAGUCCGAAAGUCGAUUUUUAAAAUCAAACGAUUUGAAAAGUGCAAUUGAACCAAAUAUUAUGUUUUAGUUUGAAUAUUAAAUAUUUAAUGAUUAUAUAUUGAUUUCUAUGUGUUCCCAACACACACACACAUAUACACCUUAUACAUACACCCAAAUGUACACACAUAUUUACAUAUGUAUAUGUUAAUUAUGUAUGUUAGUUCAACGCAAAAACCUCUUUUGUUUCCAAACCAAAAUAAAUAGAAAUGUUAAAUAAGAGCAAUCAUGAGGGAAUCCCGAUUUAUAACUUAGUUAUAUUUAUUGGACAUUUUCAAUUUAUUAUGGUUUGCAAGUAAAAGAUAAUAAUUUUAAAUUUAUAGGCAUUAAAUAAAAUUCUUUUUGGAAUGUUUCACUAUGGAUUAUAAAAAUGAGUGUACAAAAGAAAAAUUUGCAUAAGUGCGUAGCUUUUUUAGUACAUUAUUUAGGUGCCCAUUAAAUUUUUUACCCUGUUGUACAUACAAGGAUAUUCAAAACGAA